AUGUCAAUCGCCGUAUCAGCGAAAGCCUUUGGGGUCCUCGCGGGCAAGCGGGGAGCCCUAAAGCUUCAUAGGGCGUGGAGCGUUUUGUGUCCCACUCAGGGUUUCCGCAGUGUUGAUGCAGCAGCUGGGGCUGUCGUUGGCUGUUGUGCCCCUUCAAACGUACAGAGCAGCAGCUGCCGCAGCGGUCUCGAGAAGAGCAGCAGCAGUGGCACUUGCAAGAGUAGCUCGUGCUAUGGCGACAGCGCAGGGCAGAGAGGAAGCAGCGCGUUAGCGCUGGCUGCGACGGGUUUGUCGCUGUGCAUCCUUGGCUGGAGCAGCAGCAGCAGGAGCAGCAGCAAGAGGAGCAGCAGCAGCGUUGCCCACUGCCUCGCUCCCGCUGCGUCGGGAGCGUCUCAAGUGUACGUGUGGGGCUCCAACAUUGACGGGCAAGUCGGAAUGGGCUCCGCUCUCUCAGUUUCUUUUCCCGUGCUGCUUUCUUCCCUCCCGCUGAGGCCUGGGGAAACAGUCGUGGCGCUUUCGGGGGGCCCCCGGCACUCCGCAUGCAUCACCUCGGAAGGCCGCGUCUUUUCGUGGGGAAGAGGAGCUGCGGGGAACUGCGGGGGCCUGGCUGCUGCAGAUGGCCCCAGGGAGAUAGUGCUGCCGCUGCAGCAGGGGGACCGGCCGGUGUCGGUGUCUUGCGGGAAUGGCUUUUCGCUGGUGGUGACGGAGCAGGGGCACUUGUACACGUGGGGCAGCAACAGCCACGGCCAGUGCGGCCGCGCGUCUCAGGAAGCAGCAGCUGAGCAGCAGCAGGGGCGGCCGGGGGCCCCCCCGUACCGGCUGGAGGGCCUGGGGAGCCGGGACGUCUUCGGGGGCCGCUCGCGGGGGCCCCCCUGCCUGCCCCCAGGCCGAGUCGAGGGGCCCCUCGCUGCGGAGAAGGUCGUGGGGGCCGCCUGCGGGGACAGAGUCUGCGCCGCAGUGACGGCCGCAGGCGAAGUCUUCGUGUGGGGCGAGGCGAGGACUGGGGGGCCGCUGGGGCUGCGCGCUGGCGAGGGCCAGCGGCCAUCUCACGAGCCCCGCCGCGUGGCGCUGCCCGCGGAGGCCGGGGGCCCCGCGCGGGCCACUGCAGUGGCCUGCGGGGAGAGCCACUGCGUGGCGCUGAGCGAGGGGGGCCUCGUGUACUCCUGGGGGAGCAACUGCUACGGCCAGCUGGGGCUGGGGGGGGCCCCCCGCACGGUGGAGGCCCCCCAGCUGGUCACCGCGCUGCGGGACCAGCGGGUCGUGGCCGUGGCUUGCGGCGCCCAGCACAGCCUUUGCCUCACGCAGGACGGCAGAGUCUUCGUCUGGGGCUACGGCAAAGACGGCCAGUGCGCAGACUCCACUCACCUGGACAUCCCUUUGCCCCGGAAAGUGGACUUCGCCGCCUCCCCCGAGGGCCCCCCCGUGGGGCCCUGCACGCGCAUCAGCGGCGGCGAGGGCCACAGCCUCGCAGUGUGCGGGGGGGGCAGGCUCUUCGUGUGGGGCCGCGGGCGCGAGGGCCAGCUGGGGCGGGGGGGCCUCCUCGAGAGCCCGGCAGCCUCUCGAGACGUUCCCGUCGAGGUCUUCGUUGCUGAGGGCCAAAAGGUCGCUUUGGCCUCCUGCGGGGGCUGCCACACUAUUGCAGCCACGCGGCCAGACAACGCGUGA